AUGGCAAACCCUUCUGCCGAGCAUGCGCCUCCCGCUGAGCCCUUCUCCCUUUCCGACACUCACCAAUCCAGAUUGCAGUCGCCGACCGAAAGUGAGACAUCGCGACCGUUUGGCCCUGGCAUAGAGAGGGAAGAUUUGUUCGAACUCCAACAGAUUCCGACUCAGGAUGACCAGCUGGAUGAUCUGUCAUCGGGAUCGAUAUCUUCGGCGGAAUACCGAGUCACUACUCGUCGCACGGUAUCCCGGAGUAGCUGCUCCAGUCGGCAGCCACGCAAGGGGGUUGUGGGCAACAUUCAACGGUUCUGGGCAAAUAACGUCUGUUUGACGGUGCCACAAAAGAGCAACCGUGACCAUUUUGCGCUGGAACGAACAUUCUUGGCGUAUAUCCGUACCUCGAUCGCCGUUGCCAUGCAGGGUGUGUUCAUCGCUCAGCUGUUCUGUCUGCAGAGCAAGACCGCUGACCAUGCUCGCCUGGGUUACUAUAGACUUGGGAUACCUCUUGCGGUCACCUGUCAUGUGGUUGCCAUCCUAGUCGCUUUUAUGGGAGCGCAUCGGUUCUGGAGACAGCAGAGCGCUGUCGCACAUGGGAAGGUCUAUGCAGGGGGCUGGGAGCUAAACUGGAUAGGGGCCUUUAUUGGUCUGGUAGGUAUGCUUCCUUCUUUCAAGUGA